UAAUAAUUCCUUCCACCGUCGUCGCAGAAUUGCAUUCUUCUAACAAGUUCCCGGCGAGUCAAACUCCUUCUCCGCCGCCGCAACGGCACUUGAUGGAAUCGAAGAUUACGACCGCUUCUACUCCUCCAAACCCUUUCUUCUGCUUGAAAUGGCCAUGGGACUCUUCAAACAAACAACCCAAAUCUCCAAGCGUCUGCGACUUCCAAGCCCCCUGGCUUCUCAGAUCUAUGCAAAGCCUCGGUUCAAUCGCUCUCACCUCCUUCAACUCAUUCGGGCUCGAUCUAAAACCCCCAAAGAAUAAGCCUUUAAGCGCUUCCGAGCAGGGAGAAGCAGAGCAGAGAGCCUUCGCGGCUGCUUUGGCCAGCGAGAAAGACGCGACCGUGCUCGAGUUUUACUCGCCGAAGUGCAGACUCUGCAACUCUCUGCUCAGCUUCGUCUUGGAGGUUGAGAAAAGGAACUCGAAUUGGCUCAGUGUUACCAUGGCUGAUGCGGAGAACGAGAAGUGGUUUCCCGAGCUUCUUCAUUAUGACAUAAAGUAUGUUCCUUGCUUUGUUUUGUUGGACAAAAACGGACAAGCUUUGGCUAAGACGGGUGUUCCUAGUAGCCGUGCUCAUGUUAUUGCUGGUAUCUCUCAUCUUCUCAAGCUGAAGCGCCCACCUAACGUCUGAGAUUAUGGUUGUGUGGAUGAUGAUGUGUUUCUGGUGCACUAUAUAUAUCCUUGAUGUUGUGGAUGAUUGUGGUUUGGAGGAUCGAGUUUGUGGUUAUGUUUCCAGCGACAUAGUGAAUCCUAAGUAGAGCUAUUGUUUCUAAAACCCCACAUUUGGGAUCCGAAAAGGUGAAAAUCAAUUUCAGAUACUCAAUGUAUUUACUCUUUAGGUACUCAAUGUAUUUACUCUGUUUAUUCAAGUAUCAUUUAGAGAGA